AUGCCUGAAAUUUUCAUGGAGAUGCGGAACUGUACGGAUGUAAACGUGGACGGAAUUGACGAGUCAGUCCAAGUUGAGAUCGCCGUGCCGCUGUCGACUAACGAGAUUAUUCGACAGGCAACGGUGGUAGUCGUGCUCGAUUACACGCUGAAGAGCUACGCCAAGCUCAACAUGGACGUGCUUACUGUCUUCGGACAUUCGUCUUUGCAACCUUACGUAAAUUCACCCAUCGUGAACAUGACCAACGCCAACACAACACAGGAGAUGCUGAUGCAGUCUCUCGUUAGCAAGUACCGAGAGCGUAACUAUACCGCCAACUUCCACGUCCCGUACCCGGUAUGGACGCCCAACGGCAACUCGUCUGAGGACAUUAGGGUGUUUCGAGUACUCAUGAAUAUCCGUAUAGACCCUGUCAACGUCUUGUAUGUCUGCACGCCGCGCUACACGCCGGAGUGGCCAGAGAUUAUAAAGUAUGCUUGGAUGCAGUACUACUGCAUUUUCAUUGUCGUAUCAACACUCGCCUUCGCUCUGCGCGAGUAUCUCUUCGCCAACAAGGAGAGCGAGCCGAAGACGCAGGACGAAGUGGACCUGGACGACCUCCUCGACGAUGCGCUGGACGACUUCGCGGACGAGGUGAGCGCCUCGGAGAUGUCGAGCGUCACAAAAGAAGCAGCUGCCACUACCGCCGCGACGCAAGACAACGAAGAUAGCAAGCUGCAGGAGAACAUGGCCAAAUUCCUCGAGGACGCACAGAAUCCCGAGUUCCAGAAGGUGCUAGAGCAGGCAUUUCGCGAGUUGGGCACAGACGCCGAUGCAGAGAACAUUGAGCAGCUUUUAGGCUCCUUGAAGACUGACAACUCGACGGAUGAGACGGACGACGUCAACGCUGGUGUGGCCAAGACGCUGCAGAAUAUGGCAAAGGCAGCGGAAGAUAUGGAGGGCGUGGGGACGGCACAAGUGGAAGCCAUGGGCGAAGAGAUGAUGUCCGAGAUGAUGAAGAAGUUCGAGGAAAUGGGGGAGAAGAGUGAUUUCCAGGACUUGGUGGACGGAAUGAUGCAGCAGUUGCUGUCGAAGGACGUGAUGUAUGACCCCAUGAAGCAGAUCUGCGAACGAGUACGCUCGACUGGAACGUAUCCUGAGUGGCUGGCAGAAAAGGAGUCUUUGUUGUCGAAAGAGGACUAUGAGAGAUACGGCAAGCAGUACCAGUAUUUCCAGCAGAUCGUUGCAGUGUAUGAGUCGGAACCUGAUAACUACACUCGACUGUCAGAGCUCAUGCAGGAGAUGCAAGAGACUGGACAACCUCCUUCCGAGAUCGUGAAAGAUCUUGCACCAGGUUUGCAGUUUGAUGACGAAGGCAUGCCGAUCAUGCCCAACAUGGGUCCUGGUAUGUUCCCAGGUAUGGCUGGAAUGCCUGGCAUGCCUCAGGUCACGACCAGCUCGCUAGCAAUGCAGCAUCUGGAUGCGAUGUCCCUCGGCGUUUACUCGUAUCUGGAGGUCCACGAACGCGUGUCUCGAGUGGAAUCGAAGCCUCUAGUUGGUGCUACUGAGAUGGAACUUCAACUCUGGGAGCAGAUAUGGUUCAGGGACAUAAGGGGUAGCUGGAGCUUCCUCGCUAAGACGUUCACCAACUAUUACCGCAUGAUGAUUGCUCAUCUGGGCAUCAUCUCAUGGCAGCCAUGGCUUUACCUCUUUAUCCCAGAUCGAAUGCUCCUGGACGAGCAACAAACUCAAGAUGAAGAACAGCAAGAAUGA